AUGGCAAGGUUCACACUGUACAAGGUUAAAUCAAACCACACACACAGAGAUAUAUAGACACACAUACAAAGGUACAUGGAUUCAAAUAUGCAGAGGUAUGCAUAUGCCCAAAAGUUUCCCUCUUCUUGAGUUUAAUGAAUUACUCGCUUUUGAUGUACAAGCAUUGUCAGCAGAGGGUCUUUUAAUCUGGAGAAGUCUAUUGUCACCAUUGGCUUUGUGAGCAGAGGCUCCUUAAACCUCAAGGGGACAACUAUUGCCUUUGGCUUCGUUAGCACACAUUCUUUAAACCUGAAGAAGUCUACCCUGGAAGGUGGCCCAGUUCAGGAGGAGAUACUGGUCACAACCUGCUGUGGUCCAGGAGAUCUUGAAGGGUCUCAGGUCUCACUUAGGAUCACUGUUUAUAGAGUCACAAAUGAUUGACUUCAGUCAGUAUUUUCCUUUUCAUUCUGGCCAUGACUUAUAUUAAGUAACCAUGGUAAUUCCUACCAAGUAUACAAUUCCAGUACUUUCCAGAUUGUACAGUCUUAGUCUCGUUGCUACAAUUCAGGUAGCAGGUGCACCAGGCUGGCAGGAGGUGACCAAUAUCAGUCCCUUUCUCAGGCUGUGAAGGUACCUUCCCAAGCACAGUGGUUUCAGAUACACCCAGGAGUGCCUUAACACACUCACUGCACUUUCACAAUGGGAAUUAUUUACCCCAACAUGCCCGGCUUACCCUGGAUCAGCAACUGGCCCAAGGUGAGGGAUUGCACCACCAUAGAGGAAAACAGCAGGGAGGUGACAAAAGGACCAAGAAAACACAAAAGCAUGCCCGGAUGGAGGAGAUAAGCAGAAAGGGAAGAAAACAAGUAGGAGGACAGCAAAACAGACCUGAUGGCAGGAAAGGAGCAGGCAGGGGUCCAUCUGAGGAAAGGAGAAGGGUCCAUGUCACAGCACUUUGAUCUGCUAGAGCCUUUCCAAGUAUUCAGUCUAUAGCACCCCACAAGCCCAGCAUGCUUCCUCUUAGGUUUUCUCACCUCCUUCUGCUCUUACUGACCCUUGCACUGAGUAGCUCCUCAUAAACUCCACGAGAGCUCAAAUUGCAACAAAACCAUGUUAUUUCUCACAAUCACGGAGUUGCUGAGGUGAGAACACAGCUUUUGUACCUAGUCCAACCCGGGUGGAGCAGGGUGUUCACAGAAUCAUAAUAUCACUAAGGUGGGAAAAGACCUCUAAGAUCACCCAGUCCAACCGUCAGCCCAACACCACCAUACCUACUAAACCAUGUCCCAAAGUACCACAUCUACAUGUUUUUUGAACACCUCCAGGGAUGGUGACUCCCAGGCAGCCUGUUCUAAUGCUUCACCACUCUUUUUGUAUUUUUUUUUUCUUUUUUUUUCCCCUAAAUAUCCAAUUUAAACCUCCCCUGGCACAACUUGAGGCCGUUUCCUCUUGUCCAAUCACUCGUUACUUGGGUGAAGAGAUCAGAACCCAUCUCGCUACAACCUCCGUUCAGGUAGUGGUGAAGAGCGAUAAGGUCUCCAGUCUCCUCUUUACCUCCAGGGAUGGAAGCUCCACAGCCCUUUCCCACGUCCAAACACACAAUUUAAUGCAAAGUAAUGGGGAAAAUCAGACGCCUGAAGACUCAAAGACGUAGCACCUUCAGCUCCCCCUGCGAAAAAAGGGGGACCACAGCAUCCUGCCCACGUCUCACGGUGGCUUCGUGGGGGAGAGUUACUCAUCAGCGAAAGCACCCAGGGGCGCAGCAGAAGGCUCGGAGGCAGAGGGGCCCCCCCGCCCCCGCCCGGCUGCUCCUCCCUCUCCUGCGCGGCGCCUCCUUCCAGCCGUGCUGGGCGCUGGGCCGGGAGAUGUGAGCCCCGAUGGGCGCCGGUCGGCCGGGGCGGGGGCCGGGCUGGCUGCUGGUGCUGCCGCUGCUCCUGCCGCCGCCCCCCGCCGCGCACACCGGGGAGUUGUAUUGUUCUUUGCCCAACCCUAGGAAUGUCCAUUUCGAAUCUGUAAACAUGAAGAAUGUCCUCCACUGGUCAGCACCAGAAGGCACAGGAGAUGGAGUACUCUACAAGGUGAAGUAUUUAGUAUACGGUGUUGGCAAAUGGAUUAGAAAGCCAGAAUGCAGGAAUAUCAACAGAACGUGGUGUGACCUCUCCAGUGAGACCUCUGACUACGAAGAACAAUACUAUGCGAGUGUAAAAGCCUUCCUAAAUGAGAUGUGCUCUGACUGGAUAGAGACCACAAGAUUCAACCCUCUUACAGACACUAAAAUUGAUCCACCCAUGGUAAGCAUAUCUUCUACUGAUAAAUCUAUUUCAAUCACUUUAACUGCUCCUGAGAAGUGGAAAAGAAGUCCUGAGGGAGAAUCCGUAUCUCUGCUUCAAGUGUAUCCUGGCCUGCAAUACAAUGUGUCUGUCCUCAACAAAAAAACAAAAAAGCGGUGGUUCUUCUCUGUCAGCAACAACACUUUGGUUGUGCCCCGGUUAGAGCCUGGAACAGCUUACUGUGUCAGUGCACAGAUACAUGUCACCACACCGCUUUUGCAUAGUGAAUUCUCUAAAGAAUAUUGCAUCGCUACUUUGAAAGAUAAAACAUCAGAUGAGACUAUAACAGUCGUACUUGGAUAUGUUCUGCCUAUCAUGCUUGCUGUCCUUUUCAUUUCCAUGAUAUGGUAUUGUGUGCACAGGUAUAUUCAUGUCAGCAAACAGAAACAUCCCACAAACUUGGUAUGGCACUACACUGACAAAUGCAAGGAAAGGGUUCUCAUACCAUGUGAAAAAAUAGUGAUCAACCUUAUCACUGUUAAUGAGGAUGAGUACAAACCAUCUGAGGAAUCCAAUCAUCUGUCAGAAACGAAAAAUCCAUGUUACUGUACUGUUUAUAAUGGCACUGAAGGGAAGGAUUUGCCUUCAAAAGAAGUGCUGGAAACAAAACACUUGCUUGAUAUUUCACAUGAAGAGAUUUCACGUGAAGAGGAUAUUUUAGCAGAAAGGGACCAAACAGGAGAGUGGCCAUCUUAUGGCCAGCCUGGAACAAAGAAUACUUUGAGACAGAACAAUGCAGGGACUGUAGAGUAUGAACAUGAUGUAAGGGCUGAAGACAUUGGUCCUGGUCAGAAACUAGAAGACCUCAGUUUGAAAGAGAAGACCUCUGCCCCCAGGGGACUACUAGGUGAGACACAGGUUGCUUUGGGGGACUUGAUUGAUAUGAAAACAGGACAGCUGUAUUGUCCCCAACUAGAAGUGAGAGCAACAGACCCUUGUUUGGGACAGAAAAUAGAGGGACUUAAUUUGAAGGUGGUUGAUGCAGCAGAUGAAUUGCCAGGUGAGACCCAUAUCAACUUGCUGGACUUGGAUACUGAAAAAUCUGGGCAGACAUCCUAUGCUCAGCUGGAAAGUAUAGCACAGAGCCUCACAGGGAAAGAAGGUGGACAGACCGUAUUAAUAGACUGGGAUCCUCACACUGGAAGACUGUAUAUUCCUACCUUGCCCAGUGUUGAAAAUCAAGUUUGUGAAGGAGUAUUCAAGUUUGAUGAGCCUGACAGAGAGGGAAUUUUGUCCAAACUCUAUGAGACAGAGGUAUCUGAUGAAUCAGCAGAGGACCAAGGAAUGUAUCUCCUACAAUUCAAGGAACAAUGGGAACUGCAUAUAGGGACGGAAGAUUGAACAGUAAUUUUCUAAAGUAUUCUAAAAUGCACAGUCAUGUUUCCUUUGCCAAAGAUGGCGAUGGACUGAGUGGAACAAACACAUCUUGAUAUAUUGAAGUUUUUGGAACCAUCACAGUUUAAUAACUUAUUUGUGAUACGUUAUUUGUAAGUUUCCAAGCGUGAUAGAAGUGAUUUAAACUCCCAUCAGAAACCCCUCAGGUAAAAUAUGAUGGUUAUGAGAUUACCUACUUUUAAAAAAUACAUAUAUUUUUACAGGAUUCUGCUAGGAUUUUCACAUUGUAAUUUCUACCAAAAUAAAUGGUCGGCAUUUGAAAUCAGUUAUUUUUAGCAAAUAAAAAGCAACAAUAUGACAUUUUGUUGGGCAAUUUUAUGUAUCUUGAUACAAUGCAGACUUUUCUACCUCUCACUCCUGCUGCAUGUAAUGGUUUGAACUGACUUUUGUGGAAGUUAAGGGCAAUCUAGUAUAUAUUUUGUUACUGUUUUAUAAACAUGGUUCUACUUAAUGAAGUUCUUAUUUACUUCUCUUUAAAGACCUAUUGGAGGUGUGGCAUCCCUUCCAUACUGUGCUGUGCAGAUAUGCAACCGGCGACAAUUCUUUUAGCAGAUAUGACUACAAGCUCAACAGACAUAAGGGAGAAGAAAGGAAGCAUUAGUUGUGUUUUAAACUGGGGGGGAAAUGAGCACAAGCCGAUUCAGUGAAUUGCCUAUAAUCUUACUGGAUAAACUGCAUCUCAUCCAGCCUUAGACACUGGCAAUACAGCGUCUGUAUGACUCGUGUCCUGCGAGUUUCUGUUCCUCUCCGAUUACUGCUGACAUGACUAGUGCAGAUGGAGGAGACUGCCCCAGACACACCGCUGCUACUUCAGACACAUCCCACGUGCUGUGGCAAACCCAGAAAGUACCUGUGGGCUUCCUUUUGUUGUCUGAUGUCCUGACCAGAACUUCUGAUACAAGUUCAUGUUUGCUCCAUGUCAUGUGGUAUUUAUUUAAGAUAAUGAAAUUACAGGGUAUUCUAGAACUUUCUUACUAGGGCAGAUGAUAUUUUUCUUUUCAAGACCUGUUUGUCAUUUUUCCGCUUAAUGGACCUUUAUUUUGUACACCAAAAAAAAUAAUCACAGUAGUGAUUUGCUUGGUUUUGGAGAGGAGAAGCAAAGGAAAGAGAUACAACUUUUCUGUGGUGUUUAAAACUUACCCUCCAAAUUAGUCGUACAGUUAGGUGUAUUUUUGAAGGAAGAACUUUACCAAUAUCUUUUCUCUCAGGUAAUGUUUUUGUUGCAUGAUCUUCGCAUUUUAUGUGACCGUACAUCCUCUGAAGUAUUUCAGUUGUAGACAUAGACUUUAAAAACAGAAAUGACGGUAAAAUAUUUCAUGCUGAUGUCAAAUAUGUUCUCAGCUGCUUUUGUAAUAAAGAUAGAAUCAUGUUGUAGUGUUAUACCUAAAUACUUAUACUAACACCUUUGUGCACUGGGAGGUUCACAGAGGAGUGUUUUAGCUCAGUGUGAAAGAAGAAAAUAGUUGGAGAUGAGAUAAGGUCAAAAUUUCUAUUACUACCAGCCUCUUUUAAGUAAUCCAAAAUCUCUCAAUGUUUCUUAGAAAUUUCUUAACUAACCUCUUGGCGCAUAAUCUCCUAAUU